CAUAUCAAGUCAUGCUUCCUUCCGAACGGCCAACAUUAGCAACCGCGGGUAAGAAAAUAAGAGGAGCGGAUUAGCAGCGGUUGCGCGGAGGAUUUGUCAUGGAGGAGGGAGCAGUGAUCGCCGAAAAGAACUUAGACAUACCUGCGCUUCCUGAUGGGGAGGCGAAGAGGAUUUUCAUCGGCGGCGUAGGUGCCGGUGUUACGGCCAGCGACUUGGAGCAUACCUUCUCGCCGCUUGGUAUGGUUCACGACGUCGUGUUUGUCCGCGACAAUGGCCGCAACUUCGCUUUCAUGGAUUUCGAGCCCAGCUCUGACAAAUCCCUCUCUAAGCUCUUCUCCACUUACAAUGGAUGCACUUGGAAGGGAGGAAAGCUUAAGCUAGAAAUAGCUAAAGAGCACUAUUUUGCUCGUUUGAAGAGGGAGUGGGCACAAGAUGCCAAACUUGCUUCUGCCCCACCUCCUACUAAAGAAAGUUUGGAAUUUGUAAAUUCUCAUAGUUCAAGCCAGGAGAAUUCACAGAUCCGAAUUUUCUUUCCAAAUCUGAGAAAGGUGAAGCCAUUACCAUUUAAAGGGACUGGAAAGCACAAGUACAGUUUUCAACGUAUCGAAGUUCCUCCUCUUCCAAUUCAUUUCUGCGACUGCGAGGAACAUUCUAAGGCUCUAGAAACAACUAGCCAUGGGUAUCUUUCUCGACUUAGCACUGUGGUGCAUGAAAAAGAGCGAAACAUAAUGACUAAUGUGAUCGACAAGCUCAUGAGAGGUGAUAAGGUUGAAAUAUCUUCAAAUAAAAAUACUCAAGUUGCUACAGAUCUGAAGAUAUCAAGUCCAUGUAAUGUGGACUUUUAUCUUAGUGAUGCAGAAGUUUCAGAUGCAGAUGAUGAUAACCUUGUGAUGAAUAUUGGCGUUGGAGCUGAAGAUGAUAUAUUGAUGCAGUUAAAAGGGGGAAUGACACAAUUAGCAGGUGAGGAAUUUGGAUCUGGCAACCCGCAAUCUUUGGAAGGAAGAUUAGUCCAAAAUAAAGCAGAUUCUGCCAAAAGGAAGAAAUUUGAUGUCACCAAUGCAUCUUCUAUCAAGCCAAAUAAGAAAACCCGUCCAAUAUCAGCUGAUGGACUUCCUAAACCCGAUCCUAUGAUAGCCGUAGACCAGAAAUUUACUUCUAUUUUAGCCGAGCCUGUGCCAUCCACUCCCCUUAUAAGCUCAGAUGGCCAUGCUAGCGCUCUCAUGAUUUCCACUGAAGCUCCAAAUUCUGAAAAACAAAGCAAACCAAACUUGAGUUAUGCUCUGCCAGCAGAAGGCCUGUCAUGGUUGCAGAAAUCUUCAUGGAAAGACCUUGUUAGAGGAAAAGGAAGCAGUUCAUUCAGCAUCUCCAAUGUGUUAUCGAACCUUCCGUCCGUAUCCCCAGAAAUGCCAAAGGACAGUGAAUUAGAUACCAUCACAUUGCAAAAACUAGAAUCUUUCGGGGAGAAAUCAAACAAAGAAGUACCUCAGAUUGCACAUAUUACUCCUACAAUACAGGUUGAAACUCAACAUGUUGAAAGCCAAAAUACGUCAAACAUGAGUUAUGCUCAACCAUCAUAUGGACAAUCAUGGCUACAAAAAUCUUCAUGGAAAGACCUUGUUGGAGGAAGAAGCAGCAGCUCAUUCGACAUCUCCAAUGUUCUAUCAGGCUCAACAUCAGCAUCUACAGAAACGUUGGAGGCCAAUGCUGCAUCGGGCACCAUUCCGACAAAAAUCUCCAAAACUUGUGCAGAGAAAUCAAAGCAAAAAACACCACAGAUUGCACAGAUUUCUCCAGAAAUAAUUCCAAAGCCACCUAUCUGUGCUGAAGACUUAAAAAAUAACAAGAAAGAAUCUUCGUCAUCCGUGCAAGACAAACAUAGUGAAGGCCAGACAAGUGGUGUCCAGGAACGAAGGAACGAGAGACCGGAGAUCAAUUUUGGUGAAGUUUGCGUCUUCAUGAGGAACGAGUCUGAGCAGCAGUGGUCGAAGGCCAAGGCAGCCCUGAGUGGUUACCUUAAAAAGAAUAGAAACGAAGGCAAUGCUUCCAAAUUGUCAAAGUGCAAGCCGCCAAGCAGGCAUUGAGAAUUUUAGACGGGAGCAUAAACUUUGUUAGUAUCUUUAAACUCUUAAUCUAUAUUUAUAAGCUGUGUUAUGUAUGUUCAUUUUUUGCUUUCAGCUCUUAGUUGCAUCCCAUGCAAAGAGCUCGGAAUUAUUGGCAUUCUUUAUUGGAUUGCUUUAAUUGCUUUUGUUUUAGCAUAAUCAAGUUGUGUAUA